AUGGACGCUGCCCACGAUCGGGACGUGGAGCUCCAGCGGGCAUCAGCUGAGCUUAUUGAAGAAUUUAGGACAAAGCUACCGCCGCUACUUUGGAAGCGAGCCGGUUCCGAGAAACGUGUGGCUCAUCGUUGGGCUAAGGCAGCCAAAGUAGAAAAGCUGAUACUCCUUUUGGACCCUUUCCAGGAGUGGCCACAACUUUUGGACCCCCAUUUGAACUGGAUCCUCACCCAGCUUACUGAUGCAUUUCUAGCAUACCUGCUGUGCCAUCACCAAAGCUAUGGCUCUACCACCAGAAUUAAAGAGCCCGGCUUGAUGCAUCCACUGACUAGAGCAAUAUGCAAGAUUAUCUAUACUUUGUGCAAGGUUCGGGGCCCGAAGGUGAUAUCCCGAUUUUUUAGCAACGAACCGAAAUAUCUCGAGCCUAUGCUCUCCACGUUCAUUGAAUGGGAUGCAAUUGUCUCAGCAAAUAUAGAUGAGUCAGGUAUGACGGGCCAAGGUCUGCCACUAAACUGGGAGGAACGAUAUGUUAUGCUUCUGUGGCUAUCGCAUCUUCUCCUGGCGCCGUUUGAUCUAUCUUCCAUCUCGUCGGGGGAAAUUCCGAUUCCUUACGAGAACCUAUCUGUGUUACCGGACCUUUCCCCCGAGACCCCCAAGGUAGCCCUUUCAAUCCUUUCAAUUUCUCUAAAAUAUCUAGUAUUGCCAGGGAAAGAAUGCGAGGGUGCUGUGCUUCUACUAUCAAGACUUGCAUUAAGACGGGACAUGCAACAGCUCGGAAUUUUAAAUUCCCUUGUCAAAUGGGGGCUUGCAUCACUACAGCCUAGCAACGAAAGUCCUGCUCCUUCAACCUAUAAGUGUAUUGGGCUAUUAUCAUUUAUCGCUAAGCUAGGGAUCCUCGCCCAGGUCGAAGAUAUUGCACCUUUUGUUGCACCUAUAUUCAAACAAACCCUAGAUCUCUCCAACGGACGUUCAGAAAUUUCCGCCAUUGUACAGUCUUCAGCCUCUACUCGAAAACUGUUAACAAAAAUCCUUCGAGAAAUGACUACUCUAUCUUUAACACUAGAAGAGAGACCUGAUCUUCUACAAAUCUCAUCCGACGAAGUCUCGGGGAUCCUAGAGGAUACCAUUGAUUAUUUACUUCUUGCUGUUGGGGAUAAAGAUACACCCGUUCGAUUCGCAGCAAGCAAGGCGCUGAGCAUGAUUGCACUCAAACUAGAUCCAAGCCUUGGUGCAGAUAUAAUUGACGCCGUGAUCGCGUCACUAGACGAAGAUGUUCUUUAUGAGAAACAAAGUGGUACUUUAGUCUCUAAAACAAACGCGGAGUCUAUGCCUGAGGGCCUUGUAAUGAGGAAUGUCAACUCCGUCGAUGCCCAAAAAUGGCACGGCCUUAUGCUCACACUUGGACACCUACUAUUCCGACGAUCCCCUCCUCUUGACCGACUACCCCAGCUGCUGCGCUGUCUAGUAACUGGAUUGACGUUUGAACAAAGGUCAUCAACAGGUGCUUCGAUUGGUGUCACAGUCAGAGAUGCGUCUUGUUUUGGGAUUUGGUCACUCGCUCGAAAAUACUCCACAAAGGAACUGGAUUCUGUCAACACCGGCAUUUCAAGCGUCGUGGGUGCCAGUAAUACAAGUAUAUUACAAACUUUGGCGAUAGAGCUUGUGACUUCUGCCUGCCUCGACUCCUCUGGUAAUAUUCGAAGGGGAUCCUCCGCGGCCCUACAAGAGUUAAUCGGGCGUCAUCCCGACUCAAUCCCGGAAGGGAUCUCGAUCGUACAGGUUGUGGACUAUCACUCAGUCGCGCGGCGGGAGACUGCCAUGACCGAGGUCGCUAGGGCUGCUGCGCAUGUUGACGACGUGUACUGGUCCCCUCUCUUGGAAGGACUCUUACGAUGGAGAGGGAUAGGCGCACCGGACCCAAAAUCAAGGCGAACAGCAGCAUCUGCCAUUGGAGAGUUGAGCUUGCAAAUGUCAUACGGUGGCAUAGGCACUGUCUUAGACAGGGUUAUGCACAUUUUGUCUACAUCAUCCUCAAAUUCCGUUGAGGUUAGACAUGGAGGUUUCCUGGCUCUUUCUGCCACGAUUGACGCUUUCAUCCGGUAUCGAACUACUGAAGCUAUUGCUUCUAACGACGGUAAUGCUUUGAUGGAGAUCUCACAAAAGGUACAUCAACUUUGGGCUAUAUUUGAUGCUCCAUUAAAACCAUCCGUGGAAAGCCUGACGCUCCAAUCAUGCCGACCAGAUCUCACGGCCGAGGCUUGUUCUUGCUUGAUUUCCUCCCUUGCUCGCGCGUGCACUAUUUUGGGGAAUGACUCCGCUGGGUUGACAACACUGCGACCGAGUGAUGAUUUAUUAGAGCAAGCUGUGCAAGUCUUGAUGCUAUGCGUACAGCGAAGCGAUGAUGAGCCAGUCGGAGCUAGCUCCCAGGCAGCCGUGAAUUUGUUCUCUCUUCUAUCGCCAGAGAAGCAAUCCAGCAUUACCCAAGAAUGGUUUCAUAAUAUUCACUCUAGCUGGAAGAAAGCUACAGGUAGAGGACAAAUCGCAGCACUGGGCGCUGUCUACAAACACUUCCCAGUUGGCGGGAGUGGACGAAAGUAUAUCCUGGACGAACUUGUGCGAUGUACGGGACCAGAGGAAACUAUGAUUGUAAAACGGGUGUCUGCUGUGAACUGUAUCCUAACAGGUGUGCUUCCACAUGUUGAUAACACGGUCGAAAUCGAGAAUCAUAUUGAGAUACUACUCAACGACUAUACCACCGACAACCGAGGCGAUAUCGGGUCACUCAUACGGACUGAAGCAAUUGAGGGGGUGAACGCGAUCUUGGAGUCUCAUUUAAAUUCGACGACUAAAGCUUCAAAUCGGCAUAAUAUGAUGAAGCAUAUUGAGAUAUGA